AUGGGUAGGCUUGCAAAGGACAACUGGAAGCCUACGGUCAAUGUCGUGACCUGGUUUCUCAUGACUACGGCCAUCCUCUGCGUUCUCACUCGGCUGGGCACCAAGUACUGGAUCUUCCGACGGUGGACGACAGAUGACUACCUCAGUAUAGUCUCGAUGGUACUGUGCGCGGCGCAGUCUCUGGCCUUGUCGAUGGCCACGGCCCAUGGAUAUGGUGAGCAUUAUGGCGGGUUAUCAGGGGCAGCCGUGGACCACAUCUUGAAAUCACAAUACGCUGCAGCUAUUCUCUUUAUCAUGACGAUGUGUCUUUCGAAAUUAGCCCUUAUCCACUUUAUCUGGAGCGUGACACCAGCUACAUCCGACCGUCGCAUUGCCAUCGGGUUAGAAAUCUUCACAGUCCUGUGGGCUGUAGCAAGUGUUAUCGCCUCCAUCUUCCAGUGCACGCCGCCUCGAACAUGGGACUAUCUGAGUGGACAAUGCUUCAACAUGAGCGCGUGGUGGAACUAUCUUGGAGCAACGAAUAUUCUGUCCGAGUCGGGGAUCAUUGUCCAGGCCCUUCUGAUUAUCGUUGGGAUCCAGGCAAACUGGACGAAGAAAGGCACUUUAGCGACUAUCUUUGGACUUCGUAUAUUUGUGAUCGCCGCCAUUAUCGGUCAACUGAUCUAUAUCAACAAAACCAUUACUUCCAAAGAUCCCACGUUCGAUACUUGGGCGGCUACCAUAUCGACACAACUUGUUCAAUGCUUGAGCGUCGUAACUGCCUGCUCCCCACAGUUCAAACCGUUCAUGGAUAGUUUGCGCUCCACGGGCAUGCGCAUUGACGGAUUGACAAGUUACCAUAUGGCAUCGACGAAGCGACAUGGAUUAUCCUCGUUGCGUUAUCACUCAACGUUUCAUGGCAGUGAGACUCACGAGCUUACUCCAGUACGCCCUGUCAAGGACACAUAUGAGACAACAAUCACCGCGUCAGGAGCGAUCUCCGACGGGGACGCAGAGAGUCAGUCAAGCGAAACCCAUAUCAUUCGGGAGGUCAGGACCUUCGCGGUGACCGAGUCAGUGCGCGAUCGUCGUGAUUAG